UUGGUAAUGCUGCUGGAAUGGUGGUCAGGCACAGAGUGCACCUUGUUCUCAGAUGAGGCCACAGUGAACACCUUUGGGAAAGAACACGUCAUCAUCAUCUUGAAUCACAACUUUGAAAUCGACUUCUUGUGCGGCUGGACUAUGACAGAGCGCUUCGGAGUGCUAGGGAGUUCCAAAGUUCUUGCUAAAAGAGAGCUACUAUAUGUGCCCCUAAUUGGCUGGACGUGGUACUUCCUUGAGAUUGUUUUCUGCAAAAGGAAAUGGGAAGAAGACAGAGAUACGGUUAUUGAAGGAUUAAAACGUUUGGCUGAUUAUCCUGAAUAUAUGUGGUUUCUCCUGUACUGUGAAGGAACUCGUUUUACAGAGACCAAGCAUCGUAUCAGUAUGGAAGUAGCUGAAUCCAAGGGGUUGCCUAAACUGAAAUACCACCUGUUGCCCAGAACCAAAGGUUUCACCACUGCUGUCCAGUGUCUCAGGGGAACAGUUUCAGCAGUGUAUGAUGUAACACUAAAUUUCAGAGGAAACAAGAACCCGUCUUUAUUAGGAAUUCUUUAUGGAAAGAAAUAUGAAGCAGAUAUGUGUGUAAGGAGAUUUCCUCUGGAAGAUAUCCCUCGAGAUGAAAAGGAAGCUGCAAACUGGCUUCAUAAGCUUUAUCAGGAGAAGGAUGCUUUGCAAGAGAUGUAUAAUCAGGAAGGCGUAUUCCCUGGUCAGCAGUUUAAACCUCCUAGGAGACCAUGGACUCUCCUAAACUUUCUUUUUUGGGCCACAGUUCUCCUCUCUCCUCUCUUCACAUUUGGCUUUGGAGUUUUUGCAAGUGGAUCACCUCUCCUUAUCCUAGCAUUCCUGGGACUUGUUGGAGCAGCUUCCUUUGGAGUUCGUAGACUGAUAGGAGUAACUGAAAUAGAAAAAGGCUCCAGCUAUGGGAACCAAGAAUUCAAGAAAAAGGAAUAACUGACAGCUGCAGUUCAGCACAUAUAACCAGACUAUGGUAUCCGAUUAACUUCAGUUAAAAAAACAACAACAAACACUUAGAAACUAUCUUUUUCUUAAUAACUGAUGACUAAUAUUAAUGAAUAAAACUUGAGCCAAGAAUGAAGAAGUUGGAGGCAUCAACUGAAGAGAACGCAUCAACUUUCUGCCUGUUUAAGGAUUACUGUAGUCAAACUAUGGGAGAAAAUCUGGGGUGGGGUGGAAGAAGAACUGAUUUUUCUUGCUUUGUUGGGGGACUUGAGGGUGGGGGGAGAAACGAGGGCAUUGGCCAUGGCCACGUGCAUCUUCAGAUGACUGAAUACACUGGUUUCUGUCAAGAGCACUACACUCACUUUUACAACAGGAGCCAUUGAAUGUUUCCUCUUGCUAAAGCCAACAUAAUGUUUGUUGAUUUCCAACUUUUUUUAUUAAUGAGCCAGGAAAAAACAACCCUUCUUAAAUUAAUCGACAGAUACUCAUUGGGUUAGAGUCAUUUUGGAAAGGCUGUGUUGUCAUGGCUACAGAUGAAAUCCUAUUUGUAUGUUACACUGAUACUUUUUAUUUUCAGGCAACGUCUUAAAACUUCUGUAAUGCGAGAGAACGGAUAGUGGAGUUUGGAAGCAGCGUGUUAUUGAUCAGCACAUACCAUAGAACAGAUCCACUAGUAUUAAAACAGUUUAAAAUUCUCAUCGUAUCUCCUGCUAACUGCUCAAGGCUGUUUAAUUUCAAAAUAUUACUUCAGUCUUGAGUGUUGUUUGCCCUGUUUCACAUUAUACAUUUAUGUA